GCGUCUUUUCUUACAAAGAAGCUAAAUAUUGGUGGGAAAAGAGUAAAUCUUGCAAUAUGGGAUACAGCUGGUCAAGAAAGAUUUCAUGCAUUGGGGCCGAUCUACUACAGGGAUUCUAAUGGCGCUAUUCUAGUAUAUGAUAUAACAGAUGAAGACUCUUUUCAAAAGGUAAAAAACUGGGUUAAGGAAUUAAGAAAAAUGUUGGGAAAUGAAAUCUGUUUAUGUAUAGUAGGUAACAAAAUAGACUUGGAAAAAGAGAGACAUGUUUCAGUGCAAGAAGCAGAAACGUAUGCUGAAUCUGUUGGAGCAAAACAUUAUCAUACUUCAGCUAAACAGAACAAAGGAAUAGAAGAACUGUUUCUUGACCUUUGUAAAAGAAUGAUAGAAACUGCUCAAGUGGAUGAAAGAGCAAGAGGCAAUGGUUCCAGUCAGUCAGGAGCAGCAAGGCGAGGUGUACAGAUCAUUGAUGAUGAGCCACAAGUACAGAGCAGUGGAGGGUGCUGUUCUUCUGGAUAAUUAUAAAACUGUGCAUCACUGCCCUCUCAAUAUGAAGACUGCCAUAUUCCAAGUCACGCAUUCUUUACCAAUGGAGUAAUAGAAUUAACAGUAUUUAAAAAUAAUCAUAUGUAACACUGCAGAGACCUUAAGUGCUAAACUAGUGGCGUCUGUGACCAGAGAAUUGGCAUUUUCUACAGUGGUUAACAAAGCAAUUACCAAUGGCCUUUUUACAUAUUUUUCUUUAAUAAGGAAUAAUAUGCAUGUAGAAAAGACCUACUUAAAGGCUUCAUUUAUAUUCUUUUAAAUCAGAUCAUUAUUUAAUAACUUAUAUACAUUGUUGUUGGAAUGGUAUACGUUUUUGCAGCUCUUUGUAUUUUGUGGUAGAUUGAAUUGUAUCACUUCUAAAAUGCAAAUUGAUUUUUUUUUUUUUAAAUUAGCAGAUCUCUGAAGUAAUAUUUUUGCAGGGCCUUCACAAGCCUAUAACUGUCAACUACUUUGAUAUAUUUUGUUCAUCCUGUAUGCCAAGCUGGUAAAAUACAUUGUAAAUUACAUAUUAAAUAUUUUAUCUGCUUUUACAAUUGCAGGUGCAGAAAUACGUACAUCAGUCUUGUCAGUGGUUGUGAAGUGAAUAAGUCAGUGAAAGAUGCAAGCUUUCCAUGUGUACUGUUGAAUUGCUCAUUCUAUUCUCCCUACCUAAAACCAGCUUUUUUUGGUACAUUCAUAGCUAAGGCAUUUUUUUAAGCCUUUUCUGGCAAGCAGCAGUAUUUAGAGUAUCCUAUAAGUGGGAAGAGAAUGCUUCCUUAGGCUGCUGUUUAACAUUGAGGUGUUUUGACUCCCAGCUAAAGCAUUUUGCGCAUGCGUAUAUCUUGACUCUGCAGUUACUUUGGCCUCUCAGAAUUACCCUGCGAAGUCAAAGCAACUUUAACCCUCAUCUGUCUGGUAGCCAGUAAGCCAGAUGUAUGGGAAACUCUUAAACCGCAUUAAUUCGUUUGUGUCCCAGGACAGCAUAAACUAUUAAUGAGCAUA